UCCGCGCACAUGCUAGCGCUCGUAAACUGGCGAGAGAGAAAGAGCUAGCAAAUACACAAACCGACUUGCGUUAGUGUGUGUGUCAGCGUGUGAGAGGGAGGGACGGACUGAGAAGCCGAGGCCGGACGCCCCUAUGCUGCUCCCGUAUUGACCGAUCUGUCCUACCAAGAUAAGGAGAUACAGCCGUAAAGCAUCUUUUUUUUUUCUGGCUGCUGCUGUGUGGUUUUGUUUUAAUCCUACGUCGCUGAAGCAAUGCAGUCCCAGGGCAGCACUUCCUCGCAGCCCUCCUUCGAUUCCCAGAGCUCGAGCGACAGCCCGCUGUUCAGCGACUCGGAGCAGGCCGAGGACGACACGGACGUCUUCCUCACCGACAGCUCGUCCUCGGCCAUCGUCGGCGAGGCGUCCGGGGCCGCGGCCAACGGAGGCAGAGGGUCGGAGAGCCUCGGGUCCAAGUGGGCGUGCGGCAACUUCGAGGCUACAGAGGAGGCACACCGGUCGGAAGGCGGCGGGGGCAAGGCGCCUCGCGUCGGCUCGGACCAGGCGGAGCCCGCCAGCCGCGUCCCCAGAUCCCAGGGAGACCUGCUGUUCGCUCAGAAGUGUGCUGAGCUGCAGGGUUUCGUCAGGCCCAUGCUGGAGCUGCUGAACGGACUGAAGAGGGGCCGAUUCGAUCGAGGUUUGAGUAGUUUCCAGCAGAGCGUCGCCAUGGAUCGAAUCCAGAGGAUCGUGGGGGUUUUACAGAGGCCCAACAGCGGGGAGAAGUACCUGAACACUCUGCUCCAGGUGGAGGUGAUGCUGAAGCUUUGGUUCCCUCAGAUCCACGCUCAGGCUGUGUCUGCAGCCGCCAGCGCCUCCGCCUCCCCCGCCGCCCCCCUCCACAACACGUCCCGCUCCCUCCCCCCUCACAAGCACAGGGAUCAGUCGCACAUUCCCGUCAAGAAGCGCCGACUCAGCUGGACGGGCACGGACUCUCCCGCUGCUUCCCCCGCGCCGCCGCCCGCGUGCGCUCGCGUCGGCGCGGAAGUGAAGCGGGGGGACUGCGACUUAAGGGACGCCUCUCCGUCGCCGGCGCCCGGCGCCGAUCAAAAUUCGGCAGCUGUUGCCGGCGACAACCAGCUACAGAGGGACGCGGAGGGGAAAGGGGGCGAGGAACUCGGCAAGCGAUCAAAAUACAAAGCAGGCCAUGGCUCUCAGCCGAGCCUGACGUGGGUCCACGUCGCCCCCAUCCCGUCCCCGGGAAAGGCCCGCGCGUCACGCGACAGCACAGCGACGCCGGCCCUGCCGCUCCGAAGGAAGGGCAGUCCGGAGACUCAGGACAGCGCCAUCUCUUCUACCACGCACCACAAGCCCCCGCAGAAUCUGAAGAAGCCAAUCCGGUGCCAAAGCCAGACCGUCACUGGACAAGAGAGCGAGGACGCCGAGACGUGUCUGCGGCAAAAUCAAGCUCCCGAAGUCCCGCGUGCGCCUUUUCCAGAGGUGUGCCCCGCCCCCCUGUAGAUCUGAUUCGUUUUACAAUGCUGGGCUAAAGCUGCUUUUGCUGCCUGUGAUUUUAUAAAUGCAUCAAGGGGUGGAAAGAAUUAUAGGCGACGCGUGUAUGGAUCUUAUAAAAAGAGCCCUCAUCAAAACCACAGUUGCUGCCAAUAUUUUAAUACAAGUCAGGAACGUAAAAAAUGAACCAAUACAUCUGAAGACCACAAUUGCAUAAUAAUUCAAACCUGCACAAACGCAGUUGUGGUUUAGGGGAUAGGAAAGAACACCUAAUUGUGAGAGGGGGUUUUACUGCUCAUUGAGCAGUGAUGGUAGGGGAGGAGCUACGAGGAGCAAACGGUUGUUUCUCCUCACCAUGAAAGCAAUCACUGUACUAAGAGAGUUUUUACAGACGUUUAACCUGAGGCACACACGAAAUCCCAAAAUGCAAAAGCUGAUUUCAACAGUUGGAAUGACGGCAUCUUUUUAUUUGCGGUGUCAGAAUUUGACGCCGGUCUUCGGCGGGAGACUCGUUUGACGUUGCCUUCGCUUGUAGAUCGAAUUGAGGCACCCGGCUCGAAGUUAUUAAGAAUCUCGUAGCUAGAAAUGAGAGAAAUACAGUGGACAGAAUGCAGCGUUAUGCUGCACGUGUGUGGUCUGUUUGACCACCGGAGACUGGAGGUGGGAAAAAAUGAGGAUGAUGAUGAUGAUCCACUCACGAAUGUAAUCCAACACCUGUUUGGGCACCUCUGCAUCGAGAGGCGCGUCGUCACGGCAACCGGAUCAGACGCCUCUGAAGAAAGACAUAACUAACCAGAAGAAGGAAAAAAACAAUCACGCAAAGACAUGUGACUCUCGAGUCCCACGGUUAAUUUAUUCACCUGUUGAUCGGACACCGCAUUUAUUUAUUGUUUGUAUUUAUUUAUCAGGCAGCUGAAUAUCGCCUGCUGUGCGCUCGCACAGUUUGGCCCACACUUGUUUUGAGGGGAUUCGGGAAAUGCCGUUGACUGUUUUUUU